UUGCCCGGCGAUCAGGUCCUGCCCCGCUGAUUUGCUGCUCGUUGCGUCGUCCCCACGAUGAACGACCUGUUCUCGUCGAGCUCGUUCAAGAAGUAUGCGGACGCGAGCCCGGCGCCGUCGGGCGGCGACAUGGAGGCCGGCGGUGAGAGCGUGGUGAACCUGGACAAGUUCUUCGAGGACGUGGAGGCGGUGAAGGAGGACAUGCGCGGCCUGGAGGGCAUGUACAAGGGCCUCCAGUCCACCAACGAGGAGACCAAGACGGCCCACGACGCCCGCACCGUCAAGUCCCUCCGCGCCCGCAUGGACAAGGACGUCGAGCAGGUGCUCCGCCGCGCCAAGGCCGUCAAGAGCAAGCUCGAGGAGCUCGACCGCUCCAACGCCACCUCCCGCAAGGUCCCGGGCUGCGGGCCCGGCUCCUCCACCGACCGCACCCGCUCCUCCGUCGUCGCCGGCCUCGGCAAGAAGCUCAAGGACCUCAUGGACGACUUCCAGGGGUUGAGGGCGAGGAUGGCGGCGGAGUACAAGGAGACGGUGGCGCGGCGGUACUUCACGGUGACGGGGGAGAAAGCGGAGGACAGCACGAUCGAGGCGCUCAUCUCGUCGGGGGAGAGCGAGUCGUUCAUGCAGAAGGCGAUUCAGGAGCAAGGGCGCGGGCAGGUGAUGGACACCAUCUCGGAGAUCCAGGAGCGGCACGACGCCGUCAAGGACAUCGAGCGGAGCCUCAUGGACCUGCACCAGGUGUUCCUCGACAUGGCCGCGCUCGUCGAGGCGCAGGGCCACCAGCUCAACGACAUCGAGAGCCACGUCGCGCACGCCAGCUCCUUCGUGCGCAGGGGCACCGUCGAGCUGGAGACCGCGCGCGAGUACCAGAAAAGCAGCCGCAAGUGGAUGUGCUUCGCCGUCCUCGCCGGCAUCCUCCUCAUCGCCGUCCUCAUCCUGCCCGUGCUCGUCAACCUUCGCAUCCUGACGCUCCCCACCAGACGAUGA